UGUCGCACGCAUCAGCUGUGCUAAUAAGAGAUGACCAUAGCUAUCCCUUCUGAAUCAGCCAGACACACCACCGGCAGAGACACAAUGCCUUUGACUUUACUGCUGAUCUUUGCCUUACCGAGUCUUGCAUUGGCUUGGCUGCCAGUGGAGGACUGGGAGACAGGGAAUGUGACCAUUUCUGGUGAUGGACUGGAGUGCGUUUGCAGUGUGUUCCUGCCUGACAGCGCCUUCCCUGCAGACCGAGUACAACACAUGCAGCAAUUAACAACUGAUCUAACGCUGGAGGUGGAGAUUCAGAUGAAUAAGAUUCUACUCUAUGGGGGCAAACUUGAUGUCUUCUUAGGAGAACUGUUGGACCUGACAGUCAGAGUGGCCCUAAUGGAGAGCAGCCCUGACAAUUACAUCAAACUGGAUUUUGAGCUGCUCAGAGUGGAAAUCACAGAGUUUGAGUCCCUGGUGUCUCAGCUCAUAGACUCCCUCAACACCUCUUCGCCCACGCUGGACAGUCUGUACUCCGAGAUUCACAACAUGACCCUGAUCGUGAAUCAGCUGGAGACGUACGACAAGAGCAACCUGGAAGUGAUCCGCAUUGAGUUUGCUAAGUUGCAGAGGAAGCUGAAAGAAUGCCAAGAGGAUGAAGAUUCAUUCUUUAAGCCUGACAUUGGUAAUUGCAACCACACAGGAAUCACUGCUGUUAGCAAGCCCAUAGUUAUCCAGCUUAAUGCUCACUUGAACCCAGGUUACAAAUAUGGCGGCUGGGGAAAAGACUCCAAACCAGUCCGAGGCUUUGAAUCAAUGCACUGGUAUGGUGCAUACAGCACUCCCUCAGUGUAUGAAUUCUACUUGUAUUCUAACUAUGACAAAAUCCUUCAGAGGUCGUCCUUCACGCACCAUGGUCUGCCACAAGGGUACGAAGGUACCGGUAAUAAUUACAUUGUUCAUGGCAACACCAUAUAUUACCAGGCUGCUAAUCCACUGAGAAUGUCCAAACUGAAUCUGACCUCUUCAGUUUUCAGUCACAAACAAAUGACGAAAGCAAGCGAAAGCUUCACUUACACUCACUCCCCAAAACAGUACCUGGACUUCUCUGCCGAUGAGAAAGGAUUGUGGGUAAUGUAUUCCACAGAGGAGGUCAAGGGUAACAUUGAGAUCGCCAAGAUAGAUGAGAAAUCAUUUGGUAUUGAGAGUGUGUGGACCACUAAUGCGUUUAAGCCUCUAGUAGGGAAUGCUUUCAUGGCGUGUGGAGUCAUGUAUGCCACAAGGCCAGGGGGUCUGAAGACGGAGGAGAUCUAUUACUCGUACGACACUGCCACUAAAGAGGAGAAAUACAUGAGUAUCCCCCUCCAGAAAUUCCAGGAGGAAUUUGCCAACCUGCACUACAAUCCCACUGACCAGAAGCUCUACAUGUACAACAACGGCUACUACAUGUCCUAUCGUGUGAGGUUCAAUAAAGGAUGAGGCCUCCUGUUCUCGAUCAGCUGUAUUGUAAUUAAUACAAAUGAUAUUUUACAGGAUAUCUGAGAUCUCUGUGACUGUUUGUGGAAUAAAAUCAAAACUGAGC